AUGUCAGAGGAGUCGCUCCUUAAUGACUCGCUGCGCGAGAUCGUCGUGGGCUCUGUUUCGGGUGCCUUAGGAAAAAUAAUAGAGUUUCCGUUCGAUACAGUGAAGGUGAGACUCCAGUACUCGAAAUCUCUCGCCGAGCCUAUCUUCACAUCGACUUUAGACUGCAUUACUAAAACAUACAAAAAUGAGGGCAUAUACAAAGGGUUUUGGAAAGGUCUACCAUCACCGAUGAUUGGAGCGUCGCUGGAGGCGAGCUCACUUUUCUUCAGCUACAAAAUAGCGCAGGAUCUGAUUAAUAUAUCGCAAGGCAAUAGGAUCAACAAAGAACUACCAUUUGCACAACGUCUUCUGUGUGGCUGUUUAAGCGGCAUUACCACGAGUUUUAUACUGACGCCCGUGGAGCUUGUCAAGUGCCAGUUGCAGGUCGACAACCUCAAAGUUGGCCAGGCUAACUAUACGUCGAUCGGUCACGUGAUAAGAACUAUUUUGAAGCAGGAAGGUUUACUUGGACUCUGGAAGGGCCAGACAACAACAAUGGUGCGGGAAGCUGGAGGAACUGCAGCGUGGUUUGGGUGCUAUGAAUACACUUUAGAUCGCUUUAAGGGCGACAAAGGUCCAGAGUACGAGUACAAAGCUCAUGAGCUACUCAUUGCUGGAGCCAUGGCUGGGAUUGGAUACAAUGUUUCAUUAUUUCCUGCAGACACGGUGAAGAAUGUUAUACAGACCAGUGAGACACAGAAAAGCGUGCUAGGGGUACUCAAGAUGAUUUAUCUGGCGCACGGAAUUCGAGGCUUCUACUCAGGUCUCGGCAUCACCCUGAUCAAGACGAUACCCGCAAGCGCGACUAUGUUUUACUCCUAUGAACAGCUGAAAAAGCUCUGGAAUUAACUAGAUAACGAGAUCUUUUGCAGGCAGGGGAUUUUGUUUGACACGUUUGACUUUCCGAAUCACGAGGUCGGUUUUUUGGACGAGCUCUUCUUUAAAAUAGAACAGGAAUGCCGCACUUAGAAUACUUUGUAGCAGUUUCAAGCUUAGUCCGUUAUAGAGGUUCAAAAGUCCCUCGUUCUUGGCUAUAUCCAUCAUGAUGUAAAACAUUCCUGGUGCCUUUUUAGGCUUUUCAAGAUCGUGAAGUUGGGCCGAGGACUCAAUGUCAUCGGGAAGCGACUGAACAGAGUCCGCCGCGGUUGUCUCCGAGCUUGACGUAGCAGGAGCGGAAUGCGAGUCUCGAAUACUGUGCAAAUGCAUCCGAGACCUGACCGUUAUGUAGGGAUACGUGAUGAUGGUAGCGAUCAGCUUUCCGAAGGCUCCUAGUAUAAGGGCGUCGACAGAACUGAGUGCGCGUCUGCGUUUGGUAACUAUGAGCGUUUUGAGCUGCUCAAAGAUCGUGUACUGGAUGAUUGGAUUCAGGACCAAAAAAAGCGCCGGCACCAGGCCACUGAAUAGGUUUUUCCAGCCUUCGUUUCUCACAAUUGAUAAGAUAACCUGAAUAGUGUUUUUUGGGGCAUUUUUUCUGGAGGACCUUUUCAGGACGGUCAGUCUAGUAUUUGCAAUCCAAAUUGGGUUGGUAAUAACUCUGGAAACAACACCGGCUACUAGUCCGGCUAAGAUACUCUGGGACGCGGUCAGUCCUCUUUUGAGUGUCGUGGGGAAACCCUUAUCUUUUCUGAGAGCGGACCCGGUCAACUCGUAGAAGUAAUAGUAGACAAAAUUUGUCGCAGUUAUUCCGACCAGUGCACUCUCCAAGCCAUUGUAAAGAUUCCUAAUCGCCUCAGCUGUUAUCCUAGUGUCCUCAUUCUUCUUUUUCGAGGCCUGUGCUUUGGUGGAAAGAGUGACCAGCGGAUAAGUCAGAGCCAUAGAGAUCAGGCCUCCCAGUCCACCCGCCACCCCGUGAGCUAAACUAUCAACUUCCUUCGACAUUAGUAGUAUAAAGAAGAAGGAAGAGUAAAUUCUAG